AAGAACCUAAGCAACGUUCUUAAAUUGCCCUUGGUCCUGCUUUCGCUUCUCUUUCAAUCUCCCGUUCUCGACUCCAAAGCUUGAAGUUUGGAAUUCAGAACUGCUUCUAUUUACGAUUCUACCCCCUAACUUUCCCGCCAUCCGUUUCUCUCCAGAGGGGAAGAAGGUAGAAAAAUGCUGCCACAGAGACUGAAGAAGACAAUUACUGAUAAUCCAAAGAAGCUUGCGAACUUGAUUGACCUUGUAAAUCUUCCUUCCCCAGUUAGAGAAUUUGUGGGCCAGUCUCAGAUUUCACGUUUGGGUUGUUUCAUGCGUGUUUGGUCUUAUAUCAAAGAGAACAAUCUUCAGGAUCCAAACAACAAGAAUCUUGUCAAUUGUGAUGAAAAAUUGAAGAGUAUUUUAUUGGGCAAGUCUCGAGUUGAGCUAGCUGAGCUUCCUGCACUUAUCAAACUGCAUUUUCCUAAAGUGCCCAAAUCAGCCACAUGAUUCAAGUAUGCUCCACAGGGUACCUUACAUACCGUGCCCUCGAAGAUCUAGCUGCUGCUUAUUCUGUACUUCUUGUAAACCAGUUGAUUACUUGUAUAUAUGCCUGAUAUUUGAUAGUUUGGAGUGAACUUCUUAUUAAAAUUUGGUUUCCCUCUCAAAUGAACUUUUUCUUUAAAGGAUCUUAGUAUGCAAUGAAGAACAGUUUUUUUGGUUGAU